CAGUCGACGUCGAGGGGGGAACCAUGACAGUCCGCACAGAUGCAUGCUUGGAAUCCGAGCCGCAGACCCUCGCCUGCGGUGGGCGACCCCGGUGUUUCAGAGAGCCGGCGGAAGAGGAAGCCGAACUGUGACUUUUUUUUACUAUUUUGGUUUGCUUUGUUUGUAUAACCGAGACAGCAGGUUGUCGACCCCCCAGCAGCAGCAGCAGCAGCAGCAGCCCGCGGUUGCCAAACUACGAGCAUCAUUCAGUGUCAGCCAGAGUCAACGAUGUCUGCGGAGCCUCUUCCUGAGCACCUAGUCUGCAGUCGUGAUUUGGUUUUGGACAUCUUGAAACCAAAGCACCAUCCAAAAAAACCCUGACUUUUGGUUUCUGAGGGCGUCGGCCUCUCUCUGUUUCCACUUCCUGGCAUCUGCUGCUGUUCAACACUUUCUCACCUCUCUGGUGUGGCAGGAUGCUGUAGCAGUUAAAGAGACUUCUUCGACCGAAUGGGGAUAAGGCAUGCACAGGCCCUGCUGGAGUUAACUUGAACGAGGCACUGAAUCAUUUCCAACUUUUGUGGUGGACUUUAACCUCUGACCUCUCCGUGGAUAAAGACAGCAGAAAAGACAAUAUCACGCUCUUUACCAAGGGUAAGAGCCUCAGACCAGGCCUCUGUAGCUCCCCUCACCUUCGCCACCCCCAGUACCAUGCUGGGUGCAGUGCUGCGGAGGAACAUGUCUCAGAAGCUGAGUUUGCUGCUGGUUGUAUUUGGCCUGGCAUGGGGUCUAAUGCUGCUGCGCUACACCGUGCAGCAACCUCGACAUCAGAGCAGUGCUGAGCUACGUGAGCAGAUCCUGGAGCUCAGUCGGCGAUAUGUCAAGGUCCUGACAGAGGAGAACCAGAAUGCACCAGGUGGGCCGCAGGGAACCUCCAUGGCUGGUUAUGCUGAUCUGAAGAGGACUAUAGCUGUGUUGCUAGACGACAUCCUGACGCGGCUCAUCAAACUGGAGGGGAAAAUCGAAUUGGUGGUCAAUGCCUCCUCCACGAACACUUCCCACACAGCAGGGGGCGUCCUCGCCUCCAGCCGCCCAGGGACGUCCCGCCUUCACCCACACGUCCCCAAUAGGCCUCGACCACAUCAAGGAGCAUAGCACAUCACACUUUUCCAGCAUUUAUCACUGAUGUGACAACAUCAGACAAAUGAAAAGCAAUAGACACGUGGACAUCCAGAAACUAUAAACUGCACUUUGGAUGCAUAUCAGAUGUUUUCAGCCAGCUCGGAGGGAAGAGAGAGGACCUCUUCAUGCUCUGUCCUAUCAUCUGCUGAUAUUUAUUAUUUUUUUACCAAGACUAUCCAUUGCAUUUUUAUAUUUUAAUUGCUGGUUUUAUUCAGCUUAAAUUCUGGCUUCUUUUUUUUAUAGAUAUAUAUAUAAUGCCACAUUUGAAUCUUAUGACAGUUGAAGUGAAUGCAAAGAGGUAUAAAUCCUCUGGAAUUGAAAUUGAAUCUCAUAUGCUUUAUCAUGAAAUGGCUUAAAACGCUCCUCUGUCUAAAUAGAGCCCUGCUUCAACAUAUCAAAUCACUAGUCGUGAUCGAAUAGCAACAUAUCUGUUACUUGCUGGUGCAGUUGCAAAAUACUCUAUGAAGAAGACUCUUCUCUAAGCUCACACGUAGUGAUUUUGAGGAUAAUGAAACUGCGUAGUUCACCCUGUAAGAGAUAAUCCAAAGAAUGUUUUUCUGAAUCCAGUGUAAAUGUGUAUCUGCAAUGCUGCGAGACAAUUUGGGUUUAUAGCAGAAUACGGUGGGAGGAUGCCCAUUUGCCACUGUCGACACGUGUUUGAUUUGUCUCAGCAGUCAUCCAAUGGUUUCCUUGCCGGGUGUUGGGAGAUGUUUUCAUUCACAUGUGGAACAGACUGAUUGUACUGUGUAGUCCGUAUUUAGCCCUGUAGUGCUCUUAAAAUGACUGACCUGCUUACACAUGUUCAGGGUUCAUGUUGCACUGUGACUCUAUAGAGAUUGCUAAAAAUACUGGGCUCAUCAACUUUGGCUUAAGGGAUAUUUUAGGCUCUGAAAUAUAAAUUCUUCCUGCCUGCCUCCUGAGAAAGGUUUCUAAAAUUCUAGGAAACUACACCUCACCCUGCGCAGUGGUAGAAAAUCUUUGUCCUGCUCCAAGGAAGAGCAAUACUUACAACAAUAUUACUUGGGAAUUCUAUGAAACAAAGUCAAUGUGGGUGCAAAACUGAAAUAUGAAAAUGUGAUUAAAACACAAACUAAUCUCAUAA